GCGGCACCGACAUACUAAGCUACAGCAGGACCAUGCGAAAGAAGGCGCUUAUGAGAGCGAAUACAGAUAUAUAGCCUACAAUAUUUUAAAAUUACUUUAUUUGUAUUUUUUUUAUAAAACGGUAUGAAUAGUUGUAUUAUCUACUAACUGAAUGUUGGAUCUGCCCUAUUUUGCGUAAACGUGCUUCCUGAUUGUAAUAGGCUAGAGAUAGGCGACGUUGGCGCAGCAUCAUGGUGGCUGGCGAGUUGGUACAGGAGCAUCUGCGACGUGACAACGCACCUGACGAAACAGACUUCUCAUGCAAGAGCUCGGUGCAUAACGGGGCAGUCCCAACCGGGGAUCAGUACUCCGUUCUAACGAAAGGAUCGGCACAUCUGACAGAACUGGACUCGAAGGCGUUGGAACAGGAGAUCCCUCCAGAUGAGAAGCAGGCUAUGCUUCCUGGAGAGGAAAAAUGUCUCGAAACGAAGCUCUAUUGGAGAAGAUUCGCCGUUUUAGCUGUGUUCAGCCUCUACUCCCUCGUCAACGCAUUUCAAUGGAUCCAGUACAGCAUCAUCACCAACAUUUUUACCCACUUCUACAAUGUAUCCAGUGACAAGAUCGACUGGCUGUCAAUUGUAUACAUGGUCGCGUAUGUGCCUUUGAUCUUCCCCGCAACAUGGUUACUGGAUAAAAAAGGACUGAAAUUGACAGCCCUUAUGGGCGCGGGUUUGAACUGCGUCGGUGCUUGGGUGAAAUGCGCCAGCGUCCGGUCAGAUCUGUUCGGUGUGACAAUGACCGCACAGAUAAUAUGUUCCAUAGCCCAAGUCUUCAUCCUCGGGCUGCCCUCUAGGAUUGCAUCAGUGUGGUUUGGCCCGAAGGAGGUGUCUACUGCAUGUGCCACUGCCGUGUUGGGUAACCAGGUGCGUGUGUAAUGAGUCAUGAUAUGGGGGGCACCUAUUGAAUAUUGUAGCCUAAUCAUAUUGUAAACUGUAGGCCUACAUGCUUAUGAUGUACAUAUUUAUGCUGCUGUAUAAAAAUAACCAUAACCAUUUCUUUCUGUAUUUUGAUGGAAUAUGUGACAUUGAUGUAUUUGUCUGAUUCCUCUCUAGCUGGGCACUGCCAUUGGCUUCCUGCUUCCACCUGUCCUGGUCCCCAACACUGUGGAUGACAUAGAGUUGAUGGGACACAAUAUCAGCAUUAUGUUUUAUGGGACAGCUGUAGUCUCCACUGCUCUCUUCAUCUUGACUGUAAUUGGUAAGUAAGUUGACACAAGCCUCAUCAUGCCAUCUGGAAUGGUGUUCCUGGAGAGCUACCGUCCUGUAGGUUUUCACCCCAAACCUAAUCUAGUGCACCUGAUUCUAAUAAUUAUUUUGUUGAUAAGCUGAAUCAGGUUAGUUACAACUGGGGUUGGAGCAAAAACUUACAGGAGGGUAGCUCUCCAGGAACAGGGUUGGAGAGCCCAGAUUUAGUCACUGUAGUAACUAACUCCAUAAAUCCAGACAACUGCACUUACAGUGCCUUCAGAAAGUAUUCAUACCCCUUGACUUAUUCCACAUUUUGUUGGGUUACAGCCUGAAUUCAAAAUGGAUUAAAUAUAUUUUUUUGCUCACCCAUCUACACAAAAUAUCCCAUAAUGACAAAGUGAAAACAUGUUUUUAGACAUUUUUGCUAAUUUAUUGAAAAUGAUAUACAGAAAUAUCGAAUUUACAUAAGUAUUCACCCCCCUGAGUCAAUACUUUGUAGAAGCACAUUUGGCGGCGAUUACAGCAGUGAGUCUUUUGGGGUAAAUCUAUAUCAGCUUUGCAGACCUGUAUUGUACAAUAUUUGCACAUUAUUCUUUUUUAAAUUCUUCAAGCUCUGUCAAGUUGAUUGUUGAUCAUUGCUAGACAGCCAUUCUCAAGUCUUGCCAUAGAUUUUCAAGCCGAUUUAAGUCAAAACUCUAACUAGACCACUCAGGAACAUUCAAUGUUGUCAUGGUAAGCAACUCCGGUGUAGAUUUGGCCAUGUGUUUUAGGUUAUUAUCCUGCUGAAAGGUGAAUUUGUCUCCCAGUGUCUGUUGGAAAGCAGACUGAACCAGGUUUUCCUCUAAGAUUUAGCAUGUGCUUAUAGCUGUAUUCUGUUUUAUUUUAUCCUACAACAUUUCCUAGUCCUUGCCGAUGACAAGCAUACCCAUAACAUAAUGCAGCCACCACCAUACUUGAAAAAAUGAAGAGUGGUUCUCAGUGAUGUGUUGGGUUUGCCCCAAACAUAACACUUUGUAUUCAGGACAAAAAGUUAAUUUCUUUGCCACAUUUAAUGCACACAGGAUGGAUGUUUUGGAUUAUUUUUUUAUUCUGUACAGGCUUCCUUCUUUUCACUCUGUAAUUUAGGUUAGUAGUGUGGAGUAACUAGAAUGUUGUUGAUCCAUCCUCAGUUUUCUCAUAUCACAACCAUUAAACUCUGUAACUGUUUUAAAAUCACGAUUGGCCUCAUGGUAAAAUCUCAGAGCAGUUUCCUUACUCUCCGGCCACUGAUUUAGGAAGGGCACCUGUAUCUUUGCAGUGUAUAUUGAUUGAUACACUAUCCAAAGCCUAAUUAAUAACUUCACCAUGCUCAGAGGGAUAUUCAGCGUUUGCUUUUUGUAUUUUUAAACAUCUACCAAUCGGUGCCCUUCUUUGCGAAGCAUUGAAAAACCUCCCUGAUCUUUGUGGUUGAAUCUGUGCUUGAAAUUCACUUCUCGAUUGAGGGACUUUACAGAUAAUUAUAUGUGUGGGGUACAGAGAUGAGGUAGUCAUACAAGACUGAUGUUAACUACUACACAGAGUGAGUCCAUGCAAUUUACAAUGUGACUUGUUAAGCACAUUUUUACUCCUGAACUUAUUUAGGCUUGCCAUAACAAAGGAGUUGAAUACUUAUUGACUCAAGACAUAUCAGAUUAAAUGUUUUAUGAAUUUCAAAACACUUCUACAAACUAAAUUCCACUUUCACAUUAUGGGGUAUUGUGUGUAGAUCAGUGACACAAAAUAUACAUUUAAUCGAUUUAAAAUUCAGGCUGUAACACAACAAAAUGUGGAAAAAGUCAAGGGGUGUGAAUACUUUCUGAAGGCACUGUAGAUUUUCCAUAGGCUACGCAUUCCAUACAAACAUACCAACCAUGCAAACAUACCACAGUAAAUCCAACCCAGAGACACAGAUUAUUGUGAAAUAGACACAAAUUACUUAUUGGAAAAUUGUGACAGGCACAAGAAAAAGUGUAUUUCUUUGUGUGCAGUACACGAUUUUGUAUACAGUGAAUUAUAAAGACAGUACGUUACUUAAGACAGAAACGAUAGGAGGGAGGUUGGUCAGGGAGGAUGGGUGGGCGUAUAAUGCGAACGUCUAGCAACCCUUAGCCGAGCUAUAACGUUAGCCACCUAGCUAGCCUAGCUAACGUUAGCCACCUAGCUAGCCUAGCUAAAGUUAGCCACAACAAAUUGGAAUUCAUGUAAUGUACACGAAUGCGUUAUGAAGAAAGAAAUACACACAAAAUGCGCUGUGAAGAAAAUUGUGUAAUACAUACAAAAAAGUCUGCCUGUCACGAAUGUCAAAUACGUAAUUUGUGUUUAUUUCACAAUAAGCUGUGAUAGUGUUUUGCAAAAUCAGUUAUUUUUUAUUAUUUAUUUUUAUUUAACCAUGUAGGCCAGUUGAGAACAAGUUCUCAUUUACAACUGCGACAUGGCCAAGAUAAAGCAAAGCAGUGCGAUAAAAACAACAACAACACAGAGUUACAUAUGGGAUAAACAAAACAUACAGUCAAAAACACAAUAGAAAAAUCAAUAUACAGUGUGUGCAAAUGUAGUAAGUUAUUUAGGUAGGGCAAUAAAUAGGCCAUAGUGCAAGAAGAUGAUGUGCAAAUAGAGAUACUGGGGUGCAAAUGAGCAAAAUAAAUAACAAUAUGGGGAUGAGGUAGUUGGGUGGGCUAAUUACAGAUGGGCUGUGUACAGGUGCAGUGAUCGGUAAGCUGCUCUGACAACUGAUGCUUAAAGUUAGUGAGGGAGAUAAGUAUCUCCAGCUUCAGAGAUUUUUGCAGUUCGUUCCAGUCAUUGGCAGCAGAGAACUGGAAGGAAUGGCGGCCAAAGGAGGUGUUGGCUUUGGGGAUGACCAGUGAGAUAUACCUGCUGGAGCGCAUACUACGGGUGGGUGUUGCUAUGGUGACAAAUGAGCUAAGAUAAGGCAGGGAUUUGCCUAGAAGUGAUUUAUAGAUGACCUGGAGCCAGUGGGUUUUGAGACGAAAAUGUAGUGAGGGCCAGCCAACGAGAGCGUACAGGUCACAAUGGUGGGUAGUAUAUGGGGCUUUGGUGACAAAACGGAUGGCCACUGUGAUAGACUACAUCCAAUUUGCUGAGUAGAGUGUUGGAGGCUAUUUUGUAAAUGACACUGCCGAAGUCAAGGAUCGGUAGGAUAGUCAGUUUUACGAGGGCAUGUUUGGCAGCAUGAGUGAAGGAGGCUUUGUUGCGAAAUAGGAAGCCGAUUCUAGAUUUAACUUUGGAUUGGAGAUGCUUAAUGUGAGUCUGGAAGGAGAGUUUACGGUCUAACCAGACACUUAGGUAUUUGUAGUUGUCCACAUAUUCUAAGUCAGACCCGCCGAGAAUAGUGAUUCUAGUCGGGCGGGCGGGUGCAAGCAGCGUUCGAUUGAAGAGCAUGCAUUGAAGGAGUGUUGUAUGGAAUUGAAGCUCGAUUGGAGGUUUGUUAACACAGUGUCCAAUGAAGGGCCAGAUGUAUACAAAAUGGUGUCGUCUGCGUAGAGGUGGAUCUGAGAGUCACCAGCAGCAAGAGAGACAUCAUUGAUAUACACAGAGAAUAGAGUCGGCCCGAGAAUUGAACCCUGUGGCACCCCCAUAGAGACUGCCAGAGGUCCAGACAACAGGCCCUCCGAUUUGACACAUUGAACUCUAUCUGAGAAGUAGUUGGUGAACCAGGUGAGGUAGUCAUUUGAGAAACCAAGGCUAUUUAGUCUGCCAAUAAGAAUGUGGUGAUUGACAGAGUCGAAAGCCUUGGCCAGGUCGAUGAAGACGGCUGCACAGUACUGUCUUUUAUCGAUCGUGGUUAUAAUAUCGUUUAGGACCUUGAGCGGGGCUGAGGUGCACCCAUGACCAGCUCAGAAACCAGAUUGCAUAUCGGAGAAGGUACGGUGGGAUUCGAAAUGGUCGGUGAUCUGUUUGUUAACUAGGCUUUCAAAUACUUUCGAAAGGCAGGAUGGAUAUAGGUCUGUAACAGUUUGGAUCUAGAGUGUCACCCCCUUUGAAGAGGAGGAUGACCGCGGCAGAUUUCCAAUCUCUGGGGAUCUCAGAUGAUACGAAAGAGAGGUUGAACAGGCUAGUAAUAGGGGUUGCUACAAUUUCGGCUGCUAAUUUUAGAAAGAAAGGGUCCAGAUUGUCUAGCCCAGCUGAUUUGUAGGGGUCCAGAUUUUGCAGCUCUUUCAGAACAUUAGCUAUCUGAAUUUGGGUGAAGGAGAAGCGGAGGGUGCAGAGCUGGUGGCCGGGGUAGGGGUAGCCAGAUGGAAAGCAUGGCCAGCCGUAGCAAAAUGCUUGUUGAAAUUCUCGAUUAUCAUAGAUUUAAUCUGUGGUGACAGUGUUUCCUAGCCUCAGUGCAGUGGGCAGCUGGGAGGAGGUGCUCUUGUUCUCCAUGGACUUUACAGUGUCCCAAAACAUUUUGGAGUUAGUGCUACAGGAUGCAAAUUUCUGUUUGAAAAAGCUAGCCUUUGCUGUGUAUAUUGGUUCCUGACUUCCCUGAAAAGUUGCAUAUCGCGGGGGCUGUUCGAUGCUAAUGCAGUACGCCACAGGAUGUUUUUGUGCUGGUCAAGGGCAGUCAUUGCAGUAAUAAGUCAUUGCAGUAAUAAGCUACUGAGUGCAUUUGAAGCAAGAAACAGAGACAAACACUUUACCAUUAUGUUGUAAAGCUGUAAAUACAGCAGGUUAGUGUUGACUAUGUCUCUUCUCUCCUAGUCAUGAAAGACAGACCCUCACUACCUCCCAGCAAAGCUCAGGCUGUCCUGCCUGACUGUGCUCCUGAAGACUACUCCUACAGACAGUCCAUCAUCAACCUGUUCAAGAACAAACCUUUCAUCCUACUGCUCAUCAGUUAUGGUGAGACACCAGACUUAUCAUAAUCUCACCUUAUCUUGCUCCUUAUGUUUUUACUACACUUACUAUAACCAAGUUAUUACCACUGUAACACAAAGCUACCUUAAAGUUAUGAUGAGACACCUGACUAAUUGCCAGAUCUGUGCUUUAGCAAACUCAUCUGUUGUGUUUGUUGUCAUGCCAAAAGUGACAAUGAAAGUUAGAGGAGUUGCCGAAGCACAUACAGAUCUGGGGCUAGUUAUCCUGAGUGCUGACCUUCAAAGUCUCUUUUUAUUGCAUUCUGUUCAUUCCACUGAUUGUUUCCUGGGGAUAUGUGUUCCAUUAUGAGAACAAUCUGUCUUUAGCCCCAUACAAGGCCGAUAAGAUCUGUCCUUUAACCCCAUACACCCCAAGGCAGACUGACUGCCCAGUGCUCAGUCCAGUUAUGUACAUUUCUUGGAUUUGACAUCUAGAGAGUUUAUUUUGUUGGUGUUCAGUUAUUUUCAUGGUUUUGUGUGUACUAUGUUGAUUCUUGGAAUUUAUAUCACUAUGGCGGGAUGAAACAUUGAAAGAAAUCUAUUUAGUUUCCUAUUUUCUUUUAGGUAUCAUGACUGGUUCUUUCUACUCUGUGUCAACACUUCUCAAUCAGAUGAUUAUGGCUUGUUACAAGGUAAGUGGAGUACAAAAGAUGCGUGUUCCAAUGACUGAAAAUGAAGAUUAUUUGUGAAAAUUAAAGUUUCUUUGAUAGGUUGAUUUACUACAUACAUAGCUAGACCAAACACAAGCUCUUGAAUGGGACAGAAGUAAAGACUCUAGGGAAAAGGGGUGGCAGGUAGCUUAGUGGGUAAGAGCGUUGUGCCAGUAACCGAAAGGUCGCUGGUACUAAUCCCCGAGCCGACUAGGUGAAAAAUCUGUCGUUGUGCCCUUAAGCAAGGCACUUAACCCUAAUUGCUCCUGUAAGUCGCUCUGGAUAAAAGCGUCUGCUAAAUGACGUAAAUGUAAAAGGCUUUCUCUGUAAACAGAUGGAGUUAAAUGAGAGCAGAAACCAUGACAGGGCACGAAUCCAUUGUGUCCCGUUUUGAAGUUCAUUAUCCACUUUUUACGCAUGCCUGCUACCAAUGGAGGAGAGAGUCAGUCAGGGUUGGCUAAAAGACUGAAAGACAAACAACUUUCUGUGAACUCUGGUAGCAGCCUUCUCUCACUUUAAAAUGACAUAAACAUCACUUUCCCACCAGACCUUCCAUAAAUCCCUGAACUGUACCCCCUAAACCGAUACACCAUGUAUGAAAGGUCAUACAUGCAUCCAGACCAUAUUGUGUCUGGAGUCCUCUUGAGCCUCAAGUUUGUGAAUAUGAUAGUGUGGCACAUGUCCCUAGAAAAGCCUGCUAACCUUACGCUAACAUUCACCUCCUCACCCCAGAACCAGGAACUGAAUGCAGGCAGGAUUGGUCUCACCCUUGUGGUGGCUGGAAUGGUGGGCUCCAUCAUCUGUGGACUGUGGCUGGAUCACACCAAAACCUACAAGUAGGUACUGUCCCCAAGCACAACUGCCAGUGACAUGAAUCACUACAUUCUUUGUUGACACAGUCAUAAAACUAUGUUGCACAUGAUGCAAUAUUGAGCUGCAGAAGGCAGUUACAGUCUAUGUCUAUUUACAUUUCCAGUCUAAAGUUUGGACACAACUACUCAUUCAAGGGUUUUUUUUAUUUUUAGUUUUUUUUUUUACAUUGUAUAAUAAUAGUGAAGACUUCAAAACUAUGAAAUAACACAUAUGGAAUCAUGUAGUAACCAAAAAAGUGUUAAACAAAUCAAAAUAUAUUUUAUAUAUGAGAUUCUUCAAAUAGCCACCCUUUGCCUUGAUGACAGCUUUUCACACUCUUGCUACUCAUACUGGUGCUGGGUUGUGUAUGAAACCAAUGGUUAGAAUCAGUGACAUUUACAGUAAGCUAUAAAGUAAUUAAUAAUAAAGUCAACUUAUAUAGGCUAUGUAAGUCCCUGAGACAUAGAGAAUGAUGAAGGUGGGAGUGAUAUUGUACAUUUUCCCUGCCCAUGCCUCUUUAAUUGUAAAACUCUCUAUAUUGAAUGUGUCCACUUGUAUUUACAUCAAGGUUCUGUCCUGUGAUUGUUCCUCAGAAUGACCACUUUGAUUGUCUACAUCCUGUCCUUCAUUGGUAUGCUGGUGUUCACCUUCACUCUGGACCUCAACAGUAUCUACCUGGUGUUCUUCACAGCCGGUGUGCUGGGGUAAGGCUGGAGAUAACCCCUCUGUUUGAACUAGAUAAAAAUACUGUCUAGCGUCAUCAUUGAGAGAGUCUACUCAUUUGUGUAACAGCCAACUUGGUAACAGGAAAGGAUCCUGUAGCCACAAAGGAAAUGGUUUCCUGUCAGAUUGUAAAUCAUUUAUUGAAAUGAUAAGAAGUAAAAUAGUCAUAAUAGCCCAUGUUGCACAUUGUGUCUACAUGAUGAGGUAGUGAACAGUAGGGUGUCAUUCAGGACAUUUAAAAUGCAAGCCUCUUAUUUAAUUUUCCAUUCCCUGGUCUAAUGACCUUUUUUGACAUCAUCUUCUCAUUCUCUUGUAUGAUUUGAAGGUAAACAGUCACUCAUGCAAUGUCUCUAUUAUUUAUGUAGUGUUCAGGGGCGGACUGGAACCAGAAAUCUGCCCUGGGAUUUCUAACACACCGGCCCAUUUUUUUCCCUUGAGGCCCCCAUUAUUAGCCAGAUAAUGAUAAUUUUGUGCAAAAAACCCAAGCUGGACAGGCCUCCUUUAUUUAACCAGGUAAGCCAGUUGAGAACAAGUUCUCAUUUACAACUGCGACCUGGCCAAGAUAAAGCAAAGCAGUUCGAUUAAAAACAACAACAACACAGAGUUACAUAUGGAAUAAACAAAAACAAAACGUACAGUCAAUAACACAAUAGAAAAUCUAUAUACAGUGUGUGCAAAUGUAGUAAGUUAUGGAGGUAAGGCAAUAAAUAGGCCAUAGUGCAAAAUAAUUACAAUUUAGUAUUAACACUGGAGUGAUAGAUGUGCAGAAGAUGAUGUGCAAAUAGAGAUACUGGGGUGUAAAUGAGCAAAAUAAAUAACAAUGUAAAUAACAAUAUGGGGAUGAGGUAGUUGGGUGGGCUAAUUACAGAUGGGCUGUGUACAGGUGCAGUGAUCGGUAAGCUGCUCUGACAACUGAUGCUUACAGUUAGUGAGGGAGAUGAGUGUCUCCAGCUUCAGAGAUUUUUGCAGUUCGUUCCAGUCAUUAGCAGCAGAGAACUGGAAGGAAUGGCGGCCAAAGGAGGUGUUUGCUUUGGGGAUGACCAGUGAGAUAUACCUGCUGGAAUGCAUACUACGGGUGGGUGUUGCUAUGGUGACCAAUGAGCUAAGAUAAGGCAGGGAUUUGCCUAGAAGUGAUUUAUAGAUGACCUGGAGCCAGUGGGUUUGGCGACGAAUAUGUAGUGAGGGCCAGCCAACGAGAGCGUACAGGUCACAAUGGUGGGUAGUAUAUGGGGCUUUGGUGACAAAACGGAUGGCACUGUGAUAGACUACAUCCAAUUUGCUGAGUAGAGUGUUGGAAGCUAUUUUGUAAAUGACAUCGCCGAAGUCAAGGAUCGGUAGGAUAGUCAGUUUUACGAGGGCAUGUUUGGCAGCAUGAGUGAAGGAGGCUUUGUUGCGAAAUAGGAAGCCGAUUCUAGAUUUAACUUUGGAUUGGAGAUGCUUAAUGUGAGUCUGGAAGGAGAGUUUACGGUCUAACCAGACACCUAGGUAUUUGUAGUUGUCCACAUAUUCUAAGUCAGACCCGCAGAGAGUAGUGAUUCUAGUCGGGCGGCGGGUGCAAGCAGCGUUCAAUUGAAGAGCAUGCAUUUAGUUUUACUAGCGUUUAAGAGCAGUUGGAGGCCACGGAAGGAGUGUUGUAUGGUAUUGAAGCUUUUUUGGAGGUUUGUUAAAACAGAGUCCAGUGAAGGGCCAGAUGUAUACAAAAUGGUGUCGUCUGCGUAGAGGUGGAUCUGAGAGUCACCAGCAGCAAGAUCGACAUCAUUGAUAUACGCAGAGAAUAGAGUCGGCCCUGUGGCACCCCCAUAGAGACUGCCAGAGGUCCAGACAACAGGCCCUCCGAUUUGACACAUUGAACUCUAUCUGAGAAGUAGUUGGUGAACCAGGUGAGGCAGUCAUUUGAGAAACCAAAGCUAUUUAGUCUGCCAAUAAGAAUGCGGUGAUUGACAGAGUCAAAAGCCUUGGCCAGGUCGAUGAAGACGGCUGCACAGUACUGUCUUUUAUCGAUCGCGGUUAUAAUAUCGUUUACUCCUGAGUGGCGCAGUGGUCUAAGGCACUGCAUUGCAGUGCUAACUGUGCCACUAGAGAUCCUGGUUCGAAUCCAGGCUCUGUCGCAGCCGGCCGCGACCGGGAGACUCAUGGGCGGCGCACAAUUGGCCCAGCGUCGUCUAGGGUAGGGGAGGGAAUGGCCGGCAGGGAUGUAGCUCAGUUGAUAGAGCAUGGUGUUUGCAACGCCAGGGUUGUGGGUUCGAUUCCCACGGGGGGCCAGUAUAAAAAAAAUAUGUAAUCACUAACUGUAAGUCGCUCUGGAUAAGAGCGUCUGCUAAAUGACUAAAAUGUAAAUGUAAAUGUAGGACCUUGAGCGUGGCUGAGGUGCAUCCGUGACCAGCUCGGAAACAGAUUGCAUAGCGGAGAAGUUACGGUGGUAUUCGAAAUGGUCGUGAUCUGUUUGUUAGCUAGGCUUUCAAAUACUUUCGAAAGGCAGGGCAGGAUGGAUAUAGGUCUGUAACAGUUUGGAUCUAGAGUGUCACCCCCUUUGAAGAGGGGGAUGACUGCGGCAGCUUUCCAAUCUCUGGAGAUCUCAGAUUAUACGAAAGAGAGGUUGAACAGGCUAGCCUCUUAUUUAAUUUUCCAUUCCCUGGUGUCACGUUCGUCGGAUACAGAGGACCAAGGCGCAGCGUGGAAGGCGAACAUACUUUUAUUUAUUAGAAUAAUCACCCGAACAAAACAACAAAUCGAUACGUGACGUCCUCGGUUCAAACACAAACCUACACUGGAACAAGAUCCCACAUAAAACAAUGCCAAACGGCUACCUAAGUAUGGCUCCCAAUCAGAGACAACGAGCUACAGCCGUCUCCGAUUGGGAGCCACCCUGGCCAACAUAGAAAUACAAAACUAGAACAAACAAAGAAAACUCACACCCUGGCUCAACAUACAAGCGUCCCCAGAGCCAGGGCGUGACAGAACCCCCCCCCAAAGGCGCGGACUCCGACCGCGCCAACCAAACACCACAGGGGAGGGACCGGGUGGGCACUCCGCCUUGGCGGCGGAUCCGGCUCCGGGCAUGAUCCCCACUCCCUCUCUAACCCCCCAAAGUACCCCUGGUCCGGUCUGGCCCUGCUGGCCGGAGCUGGACUGAACACUGGUGGAGCGGAUUGCUCUAGCUCCGGCGUGGAGCAGCUGACCGGUGCCGGACCAGGCACAGGGUGGAACAGGCACGGGCUGUGCCGGACUGACGACGCACACCACUGGCUUGGUGUGGGGAGCAGGAACGGGCCGGACCGGGCUGACGAAGCGCACCACCGGCUUGGUGCGGGGAGCAGGAACGGGCCGGACCGGGCUGACGAAGCGCACCACCGACUUGGUGCGGGGAGCAGGAACGGGCCGGACCGGGCUGACGAAGCGCACCACCGACUUGGUGCGGGGAGCAGGAACGGGCCGGACCGGGCUGACGAAGCGCACCACCGACUUGGUGCGGGGAGCAGGAACGGGCCUGACCGGGCUGACGAAGCGCACCACCGACUUGGUGCGGGGAGCAGGAACGGGCCGGACCGGGCUGACGAAGCGCACCACUGACUUGGUGCGGGGAGCAGGAACGGGCCGGACCGGGCUGACGAAGCGCACCACAGGCUCGGUGCGAGGGACAGGAACAAGCCGGACCGUACUGGGAACACACACGCCUGGCCCUACGCGGGGAUCAGGAACGGGCCGGACCGGACUGGCAACACACCCCAGUACCUCUCGCCGUGCCUCUACAUCCUCCUUCCCCCUGGUGACCAGUGACUCCCGUAACCUGGCGGCCUCCUGCUGCCCCGUCGUCCACGGCGUGAGCCCCCCCCUAAAAAAAUUCUGGGCGUCUCUCCUCCCCGUGGGCCAGGCCUCCAUAGCUCUCGCCAGACUUUCGCUCCUCUGCUUCCAAGUCCAGCCUCUCUCCUCCUCCCGCGGCUUGACCCAGUCGAGGUGGAUAUCCGCCAGCGAUACCUCUGGCGUUGGCUCCUGGACACGCUGCUUGGUCCAGUCUUGGUGGGAUCUUCUGUCACGUUCGUCGGAUACAGAGGACCAAGGCGAACAUACUUUUAUUUAUUCGAAUAAUCACCCGAACAAAACAACAAAUCGAUACGUGACGUCCUCGGUUCAAACACAAACCUACACUGGAACAAGAUCCCACAUAAAACAAUGCCAAACGGCUACCUAAGUAUGGCUCCCAAUCAGAGACAACGAGCUACAGCCGUCUCCGAUUGGGAGCCACCCUGGCCAACAUAGAAAUACAAAACUAGAACAAACAAAGAAAACUCACACCCUGGCUCAACAUACAAGCGUCCCCAGAGCCAGGGCGUGACACCUGGUCUAAUUACCUUUUUUGACAUCAUCUUCUCAUUCUCUUGUAUGCUUUGAAGGUAAACAGUCACUCAUGCAAUGCCUCUAUUAUUUAUGUAGUGUUCAGGGGCGGACUGGAACCAGAAAUGUUCAACCUUAAACAAGGACAUCAGGCCUCCCGAGUGGUGCAGCGGUCUAAGGCACUGCAUCAGUGCUUGAGACAUCACUCCAGACCUGUGUUCGAUAUCAGGCUACCAAUUAGAUAUCACGAAAUUGGGGAGAAAAGUACAAAAAUAAAAAAAACAAGGGCAUCAAGAUAAAGCAGUGUGUUUUCCCAGAGGUCAGGCAUGGUUUAUUGAUAUGAUAUUGUUAUUCUGUAGGUUCUUCAUGACUGGUUACCUGCCGCUUGGCUUUGAAUUUGGGGUUGAAAUUACGUAUCCUGAAUCUGAAGGGACAUCUUCUGGUCUUCUUAAUGCAUUUGCACAGGUAAGGGUCAGACACAUGAUCAUGUAAACAAUCAUGAAUAUUGUUUUAUUGUUUGUGGAACCACGUCUCCAGUGAUAUUUCCAGGCAAACACUUUUGGGUAUUCCCGUGCACCACAACAUGUGUCCUCCCCUCAACAUUAUGUAAUUUUUGUCUACCCACACAAAGUCUGCACAGUAUAUUAACUUUCUAUUCUAGUUCUUUAUAGGAUGGUUUAGCUUCUUUGCCAAGUGGGCGUCUGAUAAGUUUUUUGUUUGGUGAUCUGUUUUGUCAGUCACUAUAAUGCUUGUAUACACUAUUGGAAAAAAAGGUGCUAUCUAGAACCAAUAAUGGUUCUUCGGCUGUCCCCAUAGGAGAACCCUUUGAAGAACCCUUUUUGGUUCCAGGUAGAACUCUUUUGGGUUUCAUGUAGAACCCUUUCCACAGAGGGUUCUACAUGGAACCCAAAAGAGUUAUACUUGGGGCCAAAAAGGGUUAUCCUAUGGGGACAACCGAAAAACCCUUUUGGAACCCUUUUUUCUAAGAGUGUACCCUUGAGGCACUACAGGUGUACAGUGUUUUUCCUCACCUCCUAUGUCUCUUUCCUCCCUCAGAUCUUUGGGAUUAUUUUCACAUUGAUCCAGGGAAGACUAACAACAAACUACAACCCCCUGGUUGGGAACCUGUUCCUCUGUGUCUGGAUCUUCCUGGGCAUCUUUCUCACAGGUUGGUUGGCUCUCUGAUCUGUUCUGAUCUGUUCUGAUCUGUUCUGAUCUGUUCUGAUCUGUUCUGUGGAGUGUGGGUGUCUUCUAUAUGAUCCACCUUCUGCUAUGAAAACUGAUACAGACUAAUGAAAUACAAUACAAUGCAAUACAAUGUAGGCUACACCACAGCUUUGUAUGUUUAUAUAUUGUUUGAUGAGGCACUCUUAAUUACUUUCGCUUGUUUAUUUCAGCCUUAAUAAAAUCAGAACUGAAAAGAAACAACGUCAAUAUGGGCAUGGACAAAAAAGCUCUUCAAGCAGUAAGUCACGUUCUGUCCAUUUACCUCGGAGAGAGAUUUUCUAUUUUCCUUUUCUUUCUCCUGAAAGGUCACCCUCCUCUCAAUCACUUUUCCUUGAAUGAUGUAUCACACACAGAUGUCAGGUCACUCGUCUGUCUGUUCUUUCACAUUGACAGCCAUUGUGAAAGCUGUCUCAUAUCUCAUGAGAUUCCCAACAUCAAGGCCCGGGCAAACAUAAAAAGACAAAAAAGUCCUGCAGUGUCUCAGCUACUGAGCUCUCUGCUUGGCUCAUCUAAUGUGAAUCUUUAUCAUGCCGAGAGCAGCGUGCUGGGCAAAGCAAAUGAAUCCUUAGAUGCAUUUGUUUUCAAUUGAUUAUUUGGCAGUCUUCAGGCAGUCACUAGACAAAAUAUGUAUAGUAGUAUUCAUGUUGCAUAUCUAUUGAAAAGAUAUGGCUUUAUAGUUUCCAGGAGCAUUGCUGACAUCAGUAUAGGGCAUCUGUAAACUUGUGCUGUAGGAUGUUGUUAUGGGAUACUAGAAUACCAUUUGGCACUGUGAUUAUGUACCCAACUGUGUUGGUUUAAUGAACAGUGAUUGGUUUAUAACAUUGUUACAACUAGUUACUUAAGUGAUGAGAAGACUCUUUAUCUCAUGAAAGGACAAUAGAAUACUUUAAUUAAAGAUAUAUUUCUCUCUGCUGUCUUAGGUCCCUACCGAGUGCGCUUCAGACAAGCCAACCAAUGGCGUCAAGAUGGAAACUUCAGUCAGCUUUUCCCAUGAGACCUCACUUUAA